GCAGGGGGGCUGCGAGGCUCCGCGCCCCUGUCCCCCCUGGUCUUCCCCGCACCCCCGCACGAAUACCAAAUCCACCUGCCUCCUCCGGGCUGGGCAGUGACGGCGGCCAGGGCCGGACCACACGCCGAGCUAGUGCCCUCGCCCAGGCUGGCGUAAAUACACGCUCCCCCUGCCCUCCUCUUUUUCGUAUUCUGAGCUCUGGAAAGAGAGAAGACGCAGGGGAAGAUGUGGCUGAAGCUUUUUUUCUUGCUUCUCUAUUUUCUGGUCCUCUUCGUCCUGGCCAGGUUUUUUGAGGCCAUUGUGUGGUAUGAAACUGGCAUCUUUGCCACCCAGCUGGUGGAUCCGGUGGCGCUGAGCUUCAAGAAGCUGAAGACCAUUCUGGAGUGCCGGGGGCUGGGAUAUUCUGGGCUGCCCGAGAAGAAGGAUGUCCGGGAGCUGGUGGAAAAGUCAGGUGACUUGAUGGAAGGUGAGCUCUAUUCUGCACUCAAGGAAGAGGAAGCAUCUGAAUCAGUUUCUAGUACCAAUUUCAGUGGUGAAAUGCACUUCUAUGAACUUGUAGAAGACACAAAAGAUGGCAUCUGGCUGGUUCAGAUAUUUGUUGCUGAUAGUCUGAUCAAGGAAGAGUUACUGGUUUUGAUAAUUUUCAUUUUAUUACUGAGAUGGAGUUGAAUAGCCAAUGCCACCAUCCUGUGUUCUGUGUCUAAAUGUUUGUUCACACAUGAAUGAUCCCACAAAGUGAAUGGUAAAGAUGCUGAGCACCUGGAAAUUCUUUUGGUAUAGAGGGUGCUGCCUAUAUAUUAUAAACACAUUCUGGUUCACUCAUUAGGAAUAUAUUCUUGGUUUAUAAAUGAGCUAUUUUUUGAUGCUGUAUUAAAGUUAACCAUGUAUUAAACCUUAAUACGUGACAAAAUUCAGUUUAUUCAGCUGAUAUGUGUAUGCCAGCCCUUGGAGUUAAUGCCAGGAACAUACAUGAGUCUUCCGUCCUCUUCUCUCAGGCAGCUUGUAUUCCAGUGGGGAGGGGUAGGCACUAAAUAAAUAAAUGUUUGAUGUAACAUUAGUUAGUGGAAUAUGCUAAGAAAAAUAAGCAGGGUAAGGAAACAGUGGCAAGGAGUUCUCUGAACAGGUGACACGAAUGAAAUGAACAAAUAAUGAAUUAUAGUGAAUGUUAGCAUUCUAAAUUCUCAUCACUAAAAAUUACUUUUCUCUAACCACUAGAAAAAGUGAUUAUUUUUCUAAUCACUGAAUAAUUUUCUCUUUAAAAUUAUUUAUCUCUUCCAGUUUUCAAAAUUCAUUUCCUUACUCGGGUGAAUUAUAGUUUCCUUUUAUAUAUAUUGAGAAAAAAUGUCACUAGGUCACAUGUAACUGAUAAUUAGCACUUUAGAAUUCAUAUAUCACAUUGCUGAAAAGAUGUUUGAAUUUACUUAUUUAUGGAAAAAGUGAGUUUAAUAAAUGGGUAUAUGACUUAGCUAUUUCGUCACUUGGUCAGUUCAUAAUUUUUCUGGAAUGGAUUGAUAAUCUAGGUUGAUUCUUUUUUGGUGACACUUCUUAUGGAAUGAUAACCACAAAAGGAAAAGUGAAUUCCUAUAAUUUGUUUAAUUCAUCCAAUAUUCCUUAUGAUUUCUAUCUUCUUUGCAAUCCAUGAGUUUAGCUUUUGAAUAAUACAUCUUAACAGUCUUAUCUUUCUCUAAAUUGUUUCAAGAUAUGCUAAUGCACAUGAGUUGGCCUUAUGGUAGAGUAUUAGGAUACUUCUUCUCAUGGCAAGCUUUUCUGUGUAACACUAGUUAGAAAGAACCAAGUUUUCAAGGCAGCAACACACAGGAGACAUCUCACUAUAAUACACUAUGUGAUCUAUGGCAGAACCAAGUCCUCUUUUUCCUAAUAGUUCUCUCUGAUGUUCUAAGGUUGCCUGCUUUGUUUCUAACCUAAGUUCAUAUCUUUGAUUAGCUUUUCAUUUGCUGAUGUUGUGGGUUCUUUGAUAUUGCUGCCACCCAAUUUCUUAGCAUCACAAAUAGAAGACAAUUACUUUUCUUUCAAAAGGUGCUUAGGGAAGCAGAUGAACAGUGAAUAGGCUUCUGAAAGUGGCAAAGUUAGAACACCUCAUGGGCUUGAUGGAUCUAUCCUUACCUUAACAUUUCUAUUUCUCUGUUUUGACUUGUGUUCAAAGAAGUUCAAAGGACAGUGAUAUAUGUUCCCUACUGGCUUUGUUCCAUCGAAAGGAAUUUAAUGUCUCUCGAAUUGAAUAGCAGUGAAAAGCAUCAUAUGAUUAAAAGUAAAGCUUUGGGUCAGUAUUUCUGAAAUAGUAUGUUAAUGUAUUUCCUGCUUGGCUGAAAAGAGUUAGUAGCUAUUCUAAAAUUUGUUCAUCCUUGCUCCUGAACAAUAAUUUUGUUCAGGGGAAUUCUAACCUAUUUAUUCCUUUCUUGACACUAUUCUAAAGGCAAAUCACAUGUCAAGCCACUGUAUCCUUUAUUUCAUAUAGGUGAAAACUUUAUGUUUACUCAUAAAGCUAGUGAAAUACAAAGAAAUGAUUACAUGCCAAUGAGUUUUGUUUCUGCUACCAGUCAUCCUCUUAAUGAUUUUAUAAGAUUUGCAUAUAUGUAUUUAGGUUGAUCUAUGAUCUUGAAAGUAGAAAUUCCCUGUUGUAAUGAAAUAAUGAGAGAUGCAGAAAAUAUCAGAGCACAGUACUCCUGUUCUAUGGAGUUGUAUUAUUUAAUCCAGCCUAGAUG